CGCUACUCGUCGCGCAUCGUGCAGACCAAGCACGGCCCGGUGCGCGGCAUCAUCGUGCAGCUCAACUCGAGGCGGCUGGACCCCGUCGAGGUGUUUCGCGGAGUGCCAUACGCCGCGCCGCCCAUCGGGCCGCUGAGGCUGGCGCCGUCGCAGCCGCCGCCGCCCUGGACGGGCACGCGGCUGGCGGACACCUUCGGCCCCGUGUGCCCGCAGCGCAUGCCCGUGCAGGACCUCAACAACCGCACCUCGGCGCUGCAGCUCAUGCCGCGCGGCCGGCUGCUGCACCUCAAGGAGCUGGCCCCCUUCCUGACCCGCCAGAGCGAGGACUGCCUCAACCUCAACAUCCACGUGCCCGGCUCUGGGUCCCGCGGUGCAGACGCCCCCUACCCCGUGAUCGUGCUGGUGCACGGCGAGUCGUACGAGUGGAACGCGGGCUCCCCGUACGACGGCGCGGUGCUCGCGUCCUGGGGCCACGUCAUCGUCGUCACCUUCAACUACCGGCUCGGCAUCCUAGGCUUCCUGCGGACGAGGCUGGGCAGCACGGACCUGGACUACGGCACGGGCGACAUCCUCACGCUGCUCAAGUGGGUGCAGGACAACGCGUCGGCCUUCGGCGGCGACCCCAAGCGCGUCACACUGCUGGGCCACGACACUGGCGCGGCGCUCGCCAGCAUCCUGCUGCUCAGCCCACUGUCAAGAGGGCUGUUCCACCACGUGGUGCUCAUGUCGGGCUCGGUGCUGAGCCCCUGGGCGACGGUGCAGACGCCGUGGGACCUCCGCGGCGCCGUCUCGCACCAGCUGGGCUGCCACGUCUCGGCGCCCGGUGACCAGGACCUGGCGCCGUGUCUGCGGCGCCUUCCACUGGAGGCGCUGUUGUCCGUCUCCGUGGAGCCACCCAGGUUCCUACCUCGCUUCGGCCCGUCCAUCCCGUUCCCGGGGCUGGACCCCGUGCGGGUGGCGCUGGAAAAAGCCAACGACCCGUUCGUGCGAUGCCCCCUGCUGGUGGGGGCUCACACCACCGAGUCUUAUGACGACUUCAACAACCAGGACAUCCAGUACGGCUUCGAGGAGGAGCAGCGCAACCGGGUGCUGCGGACGUUUGUUCGCAACGCCUACGUGUUCCACCUCAACGAGAUCUUCUCGACGGUGCGCAACGAGUACACGGACUGGGAGAAGCCGGUGGCGCACCCCAUCAACCUGCGCGACAACACGCUGGAGGCGCUGUCGGACGGCCACACCGUGGCGCCGCUGGUGCUGCUGGCCCGCACGCACGCCCGCCGCGGCGGGCCCACCUACCUCUUCCACUUCGCGCACCAGACCCGGGACUCGCUGUACCCGCAGCGGCUGGGCUCCGUCCGCGGCGAGGGCCUGCCCUACCUGCUGGGACUGCCGCUGGUCGGCGGCGAGCCCCACUUCCCGCACAACUACUCGCGCCAGGACGUGGCCGUCGCCGAGGCCACCAUCAACUACAUCUGCAACUUCGCCAAGACCGGGAACCCGAACGACCCCCGCGCCGAGCAGCAAGCGACGAACCACAAGUGGGAGGAGGACCGCGAGACGCGCAGCAGGUUCAAGGACAUCCAGUGGGAGAAGUUCGAGAUGAGCUCGCAGCUCUACCUCAGCAUCACCCAGAAGCCCCGCCUCAAGAGCCACUACCGCGGCCACCGCAUCGCCGUCUGGCUGGACCUGAUCCCACAGCUGCACCGCGCCGGCGGCCAGGACGUCGCCAUGCGCCACCACCACUUCCACGAGAAGGGCGAGCGCUACUUCUCCGGCUCCGUGCGCGCCGAGUCGCCCACACAGUUCCCCGCCGUGCCCGACUUCCUGGUGCCGCCGACGACGGCGACGGCCUCGGGGACGGCGUCCGGGACGGGCGGCGCCGAGUGCCCGCCGACGUCCAACCUCACUGAGCUGGCCGUCGACGAGGACGACGCCGUCAACAUGAUGCGGCCCAACGAGGUGGUGGACGCCAGCAAGGAGGGCGUCGUCACCGCCUCCACCAACAACAACAAGGCCAACGUCAACAACGACGACGACGACAACGGGCUGUUCCACGGCUUCACGCCCAGCCAGUUCUUCAAGUCGAGCCUGGCGCUGGGCGUGACGCUGGGCGCGGGCGGGCUGCUGCUGGUGCUCAACGUGGUGGUGCUGGUCGCCAUCCUGUACCAGCGCGCGCACAAGGCCCGGCGGCGCAAGGCGGAG